UCAGUUCCGAUAGCGGGAGCCUGGGUGGAGUUUUUCCUCAGCUGCAGAUCAAGAGUCAAGACAGUAACAUUUGGGAGGACGAGGCAGUAAAGUGUAUUUCUUAGCAACUAAUCGGGAAAGGGGAAAUAAAGGCAGAAGGCAUGACUUCAAACUCGAACCUGUCGAGCUUGCAGCGGACGGUGGAGCAGCUGAAGUUUGAGGCGGGAAUCGAGAGGAUUAAAGUUUCACAGGCUGCCACUGAACUCCAGCAGUAUUGCAUCCAAAAUGCCUGCAAAGAUGCACUGUUGGUGGGAUUACCUGCAGGAAGCAACCCCUUCAGAGAACCUAGGUCCUGCUCCCUUCUCUAAUACCAGCCAUACCAGGAUGUUGGCCAAAUUUGGGAGAAACUUGACAACGAUUAACGCUGCCUUGAUACGAAGAACAUUUUUCCAACACUGUCACUUUCCUUUUUAGCCAAAACAAAUUUGUAUUUAUUAAUUUCUUUAUGAUAGUUUCUCCCAGGUUGGCUGUAUACUUCCUUUGGGCAAUGGGUUUGUGCUGAAUAUUGUAACUGGGUUAUGACCAGAGGACAGAAGUACUUAAAAAUACUUCCCUGUUAAUUAGCAGUAUCUUUCCAAUGUUCCUAGAGCAGCAUGCUCUUUACUUGUAAUUUAUUGGGAGUUUGUUGUAACCUGAAACAAAACAAAGAAAAUGCAUGCAUUUAACAUUUUCAAGGUUAUUUCUAAUACACUGAGUUAAAAUUAUGUUUCCAAUGCCUGGUGUUUUGGUGAGGAGGAGGAUGUUAACACAGUGGAAGUUUUAGCCAGUACUUGUUUUGAGUUUCCAUAAUGAAUUUUUAUUGAUAAAGUACUUUGCAAGAUCCAGUGUUAACUUUACAAUAUUUUUGUAUAUAUCUGCAAUGGUCACCUUUUAAAAAGUUUGUUUCUAUAGGGAAAGGUGACGCCAUCCUUGAAUGGCUCCCUGUUCAUUUGACAGUGAAACACUGUUGAUUGCAUUUGUGUAUUUCCCCCUGCUUCGUUUUACUGUAAUGGAACGAAAGUAGUAGUUCACAAGUUCAGUUUCAUGGUAUUUAUUUUACUUUUCACCAAAAGUAAGAAAAAGGUAAUUUUACAUUUUCAAAAAAAUGUACAAAAUACUCAUCGUCCUCAAAAAUAGUAAGCAGAUGCUGAAAAAGUAACUGCCACUAUUUCUUCUGAUUUCUUGUAAGAUUAAAUAUUGUAUAGCCCAACUGGAUGGUUUAAUUAAAUAUAUUAAAACGUACUUUUUGAAAAUGUCUACCUUGUUUGUAUGGAUUAAAUGGCAGAAAAAUACAGUUUGGCUAUAAAGUUGCGAAAUCUGUUUUGAAUGCUAUCUAAAGUUCAGUUUCAUCUUCCUAUACACGGAUGCUGCUCUGUGUGUGAUAGCACAGUAAGCUUACUGAAUGGGUAUCCAGAGAUAUAAGUUCAAAUCCCACCACAGCUACUGGGAACUUAAAAUCAAAACAAUAAAAAGUAAUGGUGGUGUGAAUGUGCGGGAUAUCUGGGAGGUGAUAGGUGAAGCCAGGUGGGUGGGAAAGGUCAAGGGCCGGAGAAGAAGAAAUCUGAUAGGAGAGGAGAGUGGACCAUAGGAAUAAGGGAAGAAGGAAGUGUCUCAGUGCAGGUGAGAAGAGGUAAAGGUCAGGGUAGGGAAUGGGAGGAAGGUUGGUGGUGAGUUUGCUUAAUGAAAGGAGAAAUAGAUAUUCAUGCCACCCAGUUGAAGGCUACCCAGAUGGAAUAUAAGGUGUUGCACCUAAAGCAUGGCCUCAUCUUGGCACAAUAGGAAUUGGAAUAAAAAUGUUUGCCCACCAGGAAGUCCCACUUGUGGUGGAUGGUGCAGAGGUGCUCAGUGAAGAAGUCCCUCAAUUUACGACGCACCUCAGCAAUGCAGAGGAGGCCAUAUUGGCAGCAUUGGACAUAAUAGAUCUGCCCAGUAGAUUCACAGGUCAAGUGUUGCCUCACUUGGAAGGACUGUGGGGCUAUGAAUAGAAGUGAGGGAGGAGGUGUAUGAGCAGGUGUAGCACUUCAGCCAUUUGCAGGAUAAGUGCCUGGAGGGAGAUUAGUGGGGAGGGACAAAUGGGCAAGGAAUCACGGAGGGAGUGAUUCCUGCAGAAAGCGGAGUGAGGGGGGAGAUAUAUGUUUAGUGGUAGGAUCCCUCUGGAAAUGAUGGAAGUUGUGAAGGAUAAUGUGUUGGAUGCAGAGGUUGAUGAGGUGCUAGGAAAGGACAAAAGGAACUCUUAUCACUUCAAACAAACCGUCCAUGUUCUCUUAUUGUAUUACAGUGGCCCUCACUUUGAUAAAACUUAAUUAUCUUCAGAAACUAUUGGUAAUUCACUUAAAUCUUUUAUUUUAAGAAAUAAACUUGCACUUACAGCAGAUGUUUUACACAGA